AUGCAAGAAACACCGAAACAGAGAAGCAAGAAGCACCAAAGCAGAGAAGCAAGAAAGUACCAAAGCACAAAUACAAGAAAGCAUCAAAGCACAGAUGCAAGAAAGCACCAAAGUACACAAGAAUACACUGAAGCAGAGAAGCAAAAAAGCACUGAAGCAGAGAAGCAAGAAAACGCCAAAGCAGAGAAAGAAGCAAGAAAGCACCAAAGUACAGACGCAAGAAAGCACCAAAGUAUGCAAGAAAGCACCGAAGUAGAGAAGCAAGAAAGCACUGAAGCAGAAAAGCAAGAAAGCACCAAAGCAGAGAAGCAAAAAGCACCAAAGCACUGA